CAAGGGUACAGAGGAGGGCCUGGCGCGCAUGCGCAGGGAGUUAGCACGGGGCCUGUGCGAUUCCUUCUCCUGAAGGGUACCCGAGCGGUCGGGCGAUGGCGGAGGCCAAGUACCGGCCGGCCCCGCUGGCCACGCUGCCGCCCACCUUGGACCCGGCCGAGUACAACGUGAGCCCCGAGCAGCGGCGGCUGCAGGCCGAGCGCCUGGCCAUCCGAGCCCGCCUCAAGCGCCAGUACCUGCUGCAGUACGACAACCCCCACCGCCGCACCCUCGUCGACGACCCCGCACUCCAUCGCUGGACGUACGCCCGCUCCACCAAUGUCUACCCCAAUUUCAAGCCCACCCCCAAGACUUCCCUGCUGGGGGCCAUAGCGGGCAUCGGCCCCCUCUUCUUCUGGUAUUACAUCUUUAAAACCGAUAGGGAUAAGAAGGAAAAGCUGAUCCAGGAAGGCAAGUUGAAGCGCCCGUUCAGCUUCCUUUGCUGAGCGCAGCGUGGGCGCCCCGCCGCCGCCUGCCUCGGGGCCCCGGGCAGAGUGGAAGUGGCGGGUGGACGCCUGGACGGACGGACGGACGGACGGACAGAGGGGCCUCUGGAGAAAUAAAUGUGACUCUCCUCCCUUGCGA